UUUUGCUUUUGUCUCCUUGCAAUCAGCAACUUGCACGGCUUCAUCACACUCCCCCAGCUCCUCCUUUUCUCCUUCUCUUCGCCUGCAGCGUCGCAGUGACCGGUGCUUCUGCGGGUGGAAUUUUGCUUAGACUUGGGAUCAUUGCCUAACGCGGUUUGAGAGAGGUGUGACGAUUGGACGUGGGUGUGCUGUACACGCGGAUUAUGGUCACUGUGUGAGAGAGACACUGGUAGGUAGAUAGUUGUAGAGUGUUUGGAAGUGUUUUGAGCGAUUGAUACGCUGUGGAGGUUUGUUUGGAAGACUGAAGGUCCACUCAGGUUCAAGAGAUCUCAUUCAUCUCGUUCCUGUGAAAGCAGAAUCUUGUCGGCUUGAAGUUGUAGCGAAAGCUGUUCAUGUCCAUUAGAAAGCCAUUGAAUAAUUUCUGACGUCUUUGGUCUGCAGCGGUGAGGAUUCUGGAGUUCUAGAUUGAGAGUGAUCGCGUUACGAUUCAUUCUAUUGGGAUUACUGCCAUUGGUGAAGCAUUUUCUGGGUUGUGGGUAGCGGUGGUCACUUCCGCUAAGCUCACUGUUCCAAUUUAGACCAUAAAACUUCCCUGAACGAUCGAGAGCAGUAAUACCUCUUCAGUUGAAGAGCAGCAAGAGUUUUCUGCCGCCCUCCACAAAAAAAAGGAACAAUACGCCGUGACUACGACGGAUCAGAAAGCGGUUGUAGCCCAUCCAUGUGCAUGAAUACACACAUGUGGGUGUAACUGUUUCACUCCGAGUUGGGUUUACCGGAAUGGGGCGGCAGGAUUCGCUGGCGAAAUCACGGGCAGCUGGGAGUGGUAUAUUGCUGAGGGCUCUUCUGCUUCACUGUGCGUUGUUUGAUCCCCGGAGAUGUGGAGCUGUCUGUCUUCCAGAAACAGGGUGCGACACAGCAUGCGCAUUCUAUAUCAUUCAGUAUACUGAGACAAUGGACUCCAUUGGCCACAAGUUUCGAACAUCCGAGACGCAGAUUCUAGCAGUGAAUCCCAGUAUUGUUGAAACAAAUUACAUAGUCACUGGUAAUCCCUUAUACGUUCCUUUCAGAUGCGACUGUGUUAACGACCAAAUGUUACACAAGUUCCCGUAUCAGGUCACUGAUGACGGUUCUGUUGUCAAUAUUACCAGCAACGCCUUCCAAAACCUGACGCAACCUGAUUGGGUAGCAAGCUGGAACACUCUUGCAGAUAAAAAUACUGUGAAAGCAGGAACUUACUUGGAUAUCCCUGUGAAUUGCUCGUGUGGGAACCCUAGCGUGAGUUCUGAUUAUGGCCUUUUCCUAACGUAUCCGGUAGUGACUGGUACGGGUAGCAACCUAAGUGGCAUUGCAUCGGAUUUCAAUACUAGUGUAGAUCUUGUGAAGCGAUUCAAUCCAGGCAUCGUCUGGGACAAUGCACAGCCCACGCAGUAUGCCUUCAUCCCCAUCCCAGAUAGGAACGGGAAUUACACCCCAUAUGGAAGUGGGAUAAGUAAUUCAGGAGCUGGGGGAGCUAAAUCUAGCAAUACAGGUGUUGUAGUAGGGGCUGUAGUCGGAGGAGCAGCUGUGCUGUUCAUCGUUCUCGCGCUUGUUCUCUACUAUUUCUGCGUCUACAAAAGAAGGAAACAAAAUAAGAAUAGGCGAACGCUUUCACGUCCACUUUUCACCAAUAGUGGUGACAGCCACUUCGGAUACACAACUCCAUCAUCCUCGAAGGCGAGCUCAAACCCAGGAAGUAAUUCUUUCGCGGCCACAUCACCUAAAGAUUACAGCACAAAUAAUUCUGUGGAAUACACACAUGAGGAGCUAAGAAACGCCACUAACGGUUUCAGCGUGGCAAACGAGAUCGGAGCAGGUGGAUUUGCAGUAGUCUACUAUGGGGAGAUACGAGGACAGAGGUUGGCUAUUAAGAAGAUGAACCUACAAGCAACCAAGGAGUUCAUGGCUGAGCUCCAAGUUCUCACACAUGUUCACCACACGAAUUUGGUCCAACUGAUUGGAUACUGUACCCAAGAAUUCCUGUUUUUAAUAUACGAAUUUGUGGAGAAUGGAACUCUUGAUCAGCAUCUACAUAAGACAAAAGCUGGCAUUGCACCAUUAUCUUGGUUGUCUAGGGUGCAAAUAGCACUAGAUGCGGCACGAGGAUUGGAGUACAUUCACGAGCACACGAAACCGAAAUACAUUCACCGAGAUAUCAAAUCCGCCAACAUACUCCUUGACAAGCACUAUCAUGCGAAGGUGGCCGACUUUGGUCUCACGAAACUCACUCAUUCAAAAGUCGAUGAUAAUUCAGCGACAAUACCCACAAGAGUGAUUGGAACCUGGGGUUACAUGUCUCCGGAGUAUGCACGAUUUGGAGAUGUGUCACCCUUGGUCGACGUCUACGCUUUCGGAGUCGUUCUAUUCGAGAUUCUGUCCGGCAGAGAAGCUAUUAUGAGAGGAGCGUCGACCAUGACUGGGGAAGCAACGCCUUCUAGCGUUACAUGGCGAGAAAAGGAGCCAGGAGCUCUGGUCAAUUUUUUCGACCCUGUACUUACAUCCCCAAACGGAAAAGAGAAGCUGCCGAAGUUCAUGGAUCCUAAUCUGCGAGAUAAGUAUCCUUUAGAGGCGGCAUGGAAGAUGGCGCAACUUGCAGGAUCGUGCACACAAGACCUCCCCGAGCACCGGCCAACCAUGCGGACUGCAGUGGUGGCCCUUAUGACUUUGUCAUCGGCAACACAGGAGUAGGAAGUCGGAGGAGCUUCGGCAGCGGCACUCAUCAACAUACCGGAACCACCAUGAUGAACAUAACAGCAGAUAAACUUUGAGUUACAAAGAUACUCAUGUGCAGUAAAUCUGUUUGUGAAAUCAUCAAUGUCAAGACAAACAUGACGAGAAGUUUCGAUACGUAAUCUCUCAACUCUUGUAAGCAGCUUUCACUAGUCCUUGCAAACAUUUACGACGUCGGUGUCGCAAUGGGAUGCACCGCAAGAGCAACACUCUCAGCCAGGGCGUCCAUUUCAAGCAUAGUUCACCUAGAGUUCGGCGUGGUUUUGCUUGUCAUAUGUAAACAAAACCCAUGAUUUUCUCAUUAUUCAUGAAGAAACUCUUGCGAGUUACACUCAGUCUUGAACAGAAGGAUUUGCCUGAAGUUUAAAAUGAGAGAUCAUUUGCUGACGAUCGACACAGUGUGCAUAAGCUGCACCGAGCCACAUUUUGGAUUCUCACGUAGGGCAAAGCUGCCGUUAGCUUCGAGGAGCAGGAGAAUGCUAUUUCUGUGUAUGUAAAUGUUGGUCAAAUGUUCAGUGCUUCAUCGAAUUCAAGCACCUGUAUUCAUUAAUCAAAUUUGCAUAGACGUAAAUAAAUAAAUAAAUAAAUAAAUAAACCUAUUAAUCAA